CAAUCUUCAACCAUCAUGUACUCGUCAAAAACAAACGGAUACGAGAAGUACUCCUCCUCCGACCACCUCCACCAACAUGUCGAUGCACCGGCCACGGGCAUCCCAGUCAGCUCCGGUAGUGAACCUUAUUUUACUACUUCUUACGAAGACAUGAGCUCCCAAAGUGGCCACAGCCACAUGACCCACCCACCUACCCAUCUCCGCCCUCGCGCCCUCGGUCCUUGGUCCACCGGCCUCUUCGACUGCUUCUCCGAUCCAAAAAACUGUUGCAUAACAUUUUGGUGUCCAUGCAUCACUUUUGGCCAAAUUGCAGAGAUUGUCGAUAAGGGUUCUAUAUCUUGUGGUGCUAGUGGAGCGCUUUACACACUGAUUGCUUGUGUGACGGCUUUUCCAUGUAUCUAUUCAUGCUUCUACCGCUCCAAAAUGAGACAGCAAUACAGCCUGGAAGAGAGCCCUUGCGGUGACUGCUUGGUUCAUUGCUUCUGUGAGGGCUGCGCCUUGUGCCAAGAGUACCGCGAACUCAAGUCUCGCGGUUUCGACAUGAAACUUGGAUGGCAUGGAAACAUCGAGGAAAGGAACCAAGAAGUUGGAAUGACUCCGGUGGCUCCGGUGGUGGAGGAAGGCAUGAGUCGAGAUAAAUGAAACAUCAUGUAGACUAUCGUUUGUUAUCAAGAUCUCGGUGCAUUUUUUGAACAUAGUAGAGUUUUCGACAUAGUAAAUUAUAUUUAAUGUUUACUCUAAGUUUGUUGUCAUGAUUUUAUACACGGGUAUGUACAAUGUAUGAAAUAUUGAAUAAUUGUUGUAAUAAUGAUACAAAUAAAUAAUAAUACA